AUGCUCUUCAACGCCGCCGCCGCCGCCGUGUUCGCCCCUCUGCUAGUCAUGGGCAACGUUCUGCCUCGGAACGCUGGCAACUCGCCCGGCUCAAACCGCUGCGAUGCCUCAACUUUUAACAACGGCCAAGACUUUGACAUUCCACAGGCACCAGUCAAUGACUGCCGGCAGAUGGUUGAAAACAUCAAUAGAGAUUCUCAAUUCUCAGUGUCCCACAGCUGGGCGAGACCAUUCGGCGGAUAUGGCGAUUGUGCAUUCAACGUCCGCGUCAUUGCUGGCUGGCGGAAUGGCUUGGUUGGCGGUGCGGAUGCCGUUGACCUUCUCACUGAUUCUGUCAAAAACUUCGGUGAGGCCAACAAGGUUUCCAGCAAGGGCACCUACAACCAAAUUGUCUCCGCGGAGGGCGAAGUUACGUGCGAUUCUGUGGAUCGUGGUGGUCAGGUCAGAGUUCAGUGGAUUGUUGCCAGCUCAUCGUACAACCCGUCCAACGAUGACUAG